AGUGGGUCCUUUUGAGUCCCAUCUCUGUUCCUUAGCUUGGAGUGGUGGGGAAUUCCAUGCCUUCCACCCUCUGAAACUGUGUUCCUCCCGAAGGCCUUUGUAGGCCCACCCUUUUGGGAAGGGGUGCAUGUGACCCCCAGUGUGUUGAGCUAGGGCAGCACAGGAUCUGCACAGAGAAGAAGGCCCUCUGCUCCACAGCCCAAGGAGAGGCAGCCAUGGACUGUGUGCGCCUUCAGGGCUAGCCCACUCCUCCUUCACAGAACCCAGCUCCGGGGGCCCAGGCUGCUCUGACCACCCUCCAUGAAAAAGGAGAGUGAAUCCAAAGAGGCCAGAGCUUCGUGCAGUCCGGUCGACUGGGGACACUUCUGGAGCAGUCCAGCAGCGUGAGCACGGGCCUUCCUGCCUCUGCCACCAUGUCCUUCAGCGCCACCAUUCUCUUCUCCCCUCCCAGUGGCGGCGAAGCCAGAUGCUGCUGCUGUGCCUGUAAGAGCGAGACUAGCGGGGGCAGCACAGGCUGUCAGGGCGGAAACCCUCCGCCCAGCACCCCGAUCACGGUCACCGGACACGGCCUGGCCGUCCAGAGUUCAGAGCAGCUCUUGCAUAUUAUCUACCAGCGGGUGGAUAAGGCUGUGGGUCUGGCUGAGGCUGCGCUGGGUCUCGCCAGGGCCAACAACGAAUUGUUAAAACGUCUCCAGGAGGAAGUGGGUGAGCUGAGGCAAGGGAAGGUGCCCGUCCCCGAUGAAGACGGCGAGAGCCGGGCGCACGGCUCCCCGCCCGAGGAGCCCGGGCCCCUCAAGGAGAGCCCCGGAGAGGCAGACAGGGCCGUGCCGGCCGUGGAAGAGGAGUGUGACAGCGUGGGCAGCGGCGUGCAGGUGGUGAUCGAGGAGCUGCGGCAGCUGGGAGCAGCCUCAGCUGGAGGGCCUGGGCCCUUGGGCUUCCCGGCCGCUCAGAGAGACGUACGGCUGCCGGGAUGCGCCUUGACUGCAGGCGAGGGGCCUCCGAUGCUCAACCCCCUGGUGGAUGAUUAUGUGGCCUCUGAGGGUGCAGUGCAGCGGGUGCUGGCCCCUGCUUAUGCCAAGCAGCUUUCACCAGCCACACAACUGGCGAUCCAGCGGACAACCUCAGAGACAGGGCCGGAAAACGGAACCAAGCUGCCCCCGCCCCACCCCGAGGACAUGCUCAGUGCUGCUGCUGCCCUGGAAGGUGCCUUGGAAGAAUCAGGCCCUGGGGGAACUGGGGAGCUGAGACACUCUCUAGUAUUUACUGCUUCCCCAUGCAGGACCAGAGGGAGUGGGCAGAAGAACUCCAGGCGCAAGCGGGAUCUGGUCCUCUCUAAAUUGGUCCACAAUGUGCAUAACCACAUCACCAAUGACAAGAGAUUCAAUGGGUCUGAAAGCAUCAAGUCCUCUUGGAAUAUUUCAGUAGUGAAGUUCCUUCUGGAAAAGCUCAAGCAGGAGCUGGUAACCAGUCCCCACAAUUACACUGACAAGGAGCUGAAAGGAGCCUGUGUAGCCUACUUCCUUACUAAGAGGCGUGAGUACCGCAACUCCCUGAACCCCUUCAAAGGCCUAAAAGAAAAAGAGGAGAAGAAACUUCGAAGUCGCAGAUAUCGGCUUUUUGCCAACCGAUCCAGCAUCAUGAGGCAUUUUGGCCCUGAGGACCAACGCCUGUGGAAGGAUGUGACAGAGGAGCUGAUGUCAGAUGAAGAGGACAGCCUUAAUGAGCCAGGUGUCUGGGUAGCCCGGCCUCCCCGUUUCCGGGCCCAGCGCCUCACGCAGCUCUGCUACCACCUGGAUGCCAACUCUAAGCAUGGCACCAAAGCCAACCGUGUGUAUGGACCUCCCUCAGACCGCUUACCUUCUGCUGAGGCCCAGCUCCUUCCACCAGAACUUUACAAUCCUAAUUUCCAAGAGGAGGAGGAUGAGGGAGGUGAUGAGAAUGGACCUGUCUCCCCAUCUUUUGACCAACCCCACAAAACCUGCUGUCCUGACUUGAACUCGUUCAUUGAAAUCAAGGUGGAAAAGGAUGAGUGAAAUCUAUAACCAAGAAUAACUCUGGCAUCCGCCUCUUCCCAUGUCUUCAAAAUGGGUGGCCACAGGGCUUCCCAGAAUAACGAGAUGUCUUCUGCAGUCUGAGAAAGCAAAUCUGCCUCUCUUCUCAACACAGUCUCCACUAGAAGUGGAAGCUGGCAGCUCUGGUGGGAUAAAAGGACUUAUCUCCAAGGGGGAAGAACUCCCUCUGCUGUGAACGACAAGCCAGAAAAUGCUUAUUCCAAAGCAUAACAGUGCCUCGGAGGAGCCUGGGAUGAGAAAAGGAGGAGGAUGGGUCCAAGAAACAGGAGGCCUUCUUGACGUAUG